UGAGUUAACACGAAGGUUAUUUUACAUGAGGGAGGAACUGCUUUGGACCAAAACACUGCCGUGAGAAUAGCUGCAAAGCUAAGAAGAGGCGUUUGUUUUGUAGCUGUGAGGAGCUUAUUCUUCUUCAAAACAUUACAGGAGAGGUGAAGCAUCAUGGGGAAACACAACAGCAAGCUGGCUCCGGAGGUUCUGGAUGACCUGACCAAGAACACUGAAUUCAACGAGGCAGAGCUCAAGCAGUGGUACAAAGGGUUCCUCAAAGACUGUCCCUCUGGUAUCCUCAACCUGGAGGAGUUUCAGCAGCUCUAUGUUAAGUUUUUCCCAUAUGGUGAUGCCUCAAAGUUCGCCCAGCACGCAUUUCGGACAUUUGACAAGAACGGUGACGGAACCAUUGACUUCAGGGAGUUCAUCUGCGCCCUGUCCAUCACCUCCAGGGGCAGCUUCGAGCAGAAACUCAACUGGGCCUUCAACAUGUAUGAUCUGGACGGGGAUGGAAAGAUCACACGCAUGGAGAUGCUGGAGAUCAUUGAGGCCAUCUACAAGAUGGUCGGCACUGUGAUCAUGAUGCGUAUGAACGAGGACGGGCUGACCCCGCAGCAGCGCGUGGACAAGAUCUUCUCCAAGAUGGACAAGGACCACAAUGAUGAGAUCACCCUGGAAGAGUUUAAAGAGGCCGCCAAGUCCGACCCCUCAAUUGUCCUACUGCUGCAGUGUGACAUGCAGAAGUAGAGAGAGGGAUGGGUGGAGAAACGGAGGGGAGGAGGGAGGGGAGGGACGGGGGAAGAGUUGAACUGAAUCAAGGGAAGGAAGGAGGAUGAGAGAAGAGAGGGGCUGGGCAAGGAAGGGAGGGAUGCAGUUUUGGGAGGAGGAGGUAGGGAAGAUUUUUCCCUUUUUUUGAGGCAGUGAUGACUGGCAAUGAGCCGUGUUUGGAACACAGUGGACCUCUGAUUGAUGCCAUUCUUUUCUUCCAGGCCGGCCCGCUGUGCAGCACACUCCUGCAGCACUUCUGCUUCAGUCUAGCUGAGUGUCGUUACAAAUCCAAUCUGAUGAUUUGUGAAAAGAGGAAAUUCCCCCAGCUCUUUUGGCACAGGCUCACAACAUAUUGCAGCACAAAAUACUGCAGGGUGAUUUCAGUGCAAAGGUCAGCUAUGUUUUUAGAACACUUGGACCUUCAACUUAUUUAUCCCACUUUUCUUAUUAUAAUAAUAUUGUAUGUUUGCCCACUCUUUUUAAGAUGUUACUCUUACUCUAGAUAUAAUUGUAAAGCCAGUUGCUUCCAACUGAGGAAAGUAAACAUGGAUUUAAGGGGUAAUGCAAAAA